AUGCUGAAGAGGGCCAGGAGAGCAACCUGCAAGCAUGGCUCAUAGCAGAACUUUGCCUAUGGAAGUCACUUGGGAAACCCUCAAGAAGUACCACAUAGAUGAAGAUGUAGGCUUUGCACUGCCAAACCCACUGGAGGAGCUGCCUGAGAAAUAUAAUGCUUGGAUUUUGGUUGCUAAAAACCUGCCAGAACUCAUUAAGACUGGCCAACUUCGAGAAGAAGUUGAGAAGCUCCCAAUGCUCAGCACUGAUGACCUCAAGGAAUAUGAGGAACAGUGCCUCGGACACUUAGCUCUGGGCUGCAUCACCAUGGCCUAUGUGUGGAACCAGGCGGAUGACGACGUCCGGAAGGUCUUGCCAAGAAAUAUUGCUGUGCCUUACUGUGAACUCUCAGAGAAGCUGGGUCUGCCCCCCAUUCUUGUGUACGCAGACUGUGUUCUGGCCAACUGGAAGAGAAAGGACCCCAGAGGACCAAUGACCUAUGAGAACAUGGACAUUCUCUUUUCAUUUCCUGGUGGAGAGUGCAGUAAAGGUUUCUUCCUGGUUUCUCUGUUGGUAGAGACAGCAGCGUUUUCUGCAGUUAAAGCAGUUCCCACUGUACUAAAAGCAGUGCAGCAACAGGAUAAGGAGACCCUGAAAAACACACUGCUUGGCAUGGCUGACUACCUAAGGAAUGCCCAGAAAGUAUUCAAGGAGAUCCACGGACAUGUGGACCCAGAUCAGUUUUACAAUGUUCUCCGCAAGUAUUUGUCUGGCUGGAAAGGCAACCCCAAGCUGCCCGACGGCCUUCUGUACGAGGGCGUCUGGGAGGAUCCUAAGCAGUUUGCAGGGGGCAGCGCUGGGCAAAGCAGCAUCUUUCAGUGCCUUGAUGCUCUUCUGGGCAUAGAGCAGACCACCGGGAGAGGACCUGCAGCUGAGUUCAUCAAGGAUAUGAGAACAUACAUGCCGCCUGCACACAGGGACUUCCUCUAUUUCUUGGAGUCCUGUCCAUCAACCCGUGAGUUUGUCCUUUCCAGAGGAGAUGCUGACUUGAAGGAAGCCUAUGAUGAGUGUGUGCAAGCUCUGGUCUCCCUGCGGAGCUACCAUUUGGGAAUAGUGAAGACCUAUGUUCUUGAUCCUGCGAAGAAGCAGUCUAGGGAAGAGGAAACUGCCAGCGGGCAAUCGGAACAGGAACAUAGAGGGACCGGAGGAACUGACUUCAUGAAUGUCCUAAAGACUGUAAGAAUGAAAACCUCACAGUCGCUGUUGAAGGACCGUUAACCCUGUGCUAGAAAAGGUGUCAACAAUGCAUCAAAAUCUGUGUCUAUUCCUGUAAUGACUCAUUACAUCAGGCUUAUGCAUUAAUAAUAUACAAAAAUUGACUGGUGAUCCAUUAUCUGUAUUAUGAAAAUUAUCAAAAGAUCAUGGUGUGAAUUGUAAAAGAUAGUAUUAGCCAUUGUGUGUCUUGCAUUUAUUAAUUAAAUCAAAUUAUGAAGUUACAUAAAUAGAAAUCAUAUAGGAUGUAACAAAACUUGCUUUAUUUUUAAUUCUAA